GCGGCGAUUCAACACCGUCAAGCUGUCGUCCCCUAUACUUCUCUCUCGGACCGUCUCCUACGACGCGAGCACGAAUCCUCCGCGCCGUGGGGUCACACACGGCAGGAUGGCGGACAAGACCGGUAGGAGGAGGAGAUCUAGUAGCAUUCUUCAGGUCUACCACGAGCCGCCCGAGCCCAUUGAGCAGCUCAGCGACCAGUCUGCGCUACCGAAUCUGAACGCGAACUGGGUCAACGCAAAAGGUGCUUGGACCAUCCAUCCGGUUCUGAUCACAUGCCUCAAGAUCUUCUACGACAUCAUCCCUGGCGUCUCCCAAGAAACAUCAUGGACGCUGACCAACAUCACAUACAUGUUUGGCUCGUACCUCAUGUUCCACUACGUCCGUGGGGUACCGUUCGAGUUUAACGGCGGGGCUUACGACAACCUCAACAUGUGGGAGCAAAUCGAUGACGGAGCCCAGUACACGCCCGCCAAGAAGUUUCUACUGAGUGUGCCCAUCGUGCUCUUCCUCCUGAGCACGCAUUAUACCCACUACGACCUGACGUACUUUACCAUCAACUUCCUUGCUGUUCUGGCAGUCAUCAUACCGAAACUGCCAUUUAGCCAUCGCAUGCGUGUAGGGCUGUUCUCGGGUGUUCCUGAAGACUAAGGGAAGGGAUUUUUCGUCGGAGCCUGUGGUUCAAACAGACAUUAGUUUGUCAUCAUCAAGGUACAACAGCGAGCAUCUUACGGGGAAUGGCGGUCUGGGUAUACGGGGUUGGAGAAGCUAUUGUCAUUUUUCUUCUGCAGGGAACCGCUUGUCCAUCGAACAGGAAACAGGAUUCAAGUCGUCCAAGCGGUGUGCGGUGGGGUGUUGGCUUCAAAAGAGCACGUCCGGCACCAGCCGACCUGGGGAAAACAGGAGAACAGUCG